UCGCCAUGGCGACGCUGAACGCCGUGCGGCCUAGGCGGCGGCCAUGGCGGCCUACAGGCCCGGGGUGCUCAUCGGCAACUGGAAGGAGGACGCCUGUUUGGAGGAGGACCGCUUGAGGGAUUUUAUGCAUAAAAGAGAACGAGGAGAACUAUUAAUACAGAAAAUAAACAAACUUCAAGAUAAUCUUUUAAAGAAGAUACAGCUGUCAGUGUCCAAGGACGGAUUUGUUCAUUUUGGAGACACUGUGAUGCUUUUGAACCCAGACAACAAAUCCUCGGUGGAGAAUUACCAUGGAGUGUGCGGCAGUCUGACUUUGGCAAUUAAUCUGGAUGAAAUAUCCAUGUAUUCAGCCAAAUCAUUGCAAGCCCCUUGUGGAGUUAGCGCAGUCAAGAGUGUGGACCCUGUGGGUCGAAAUUCUUUUUGUAUUUUAAGUGUUGAUGGAGGUGCAGUGGGUGAACCAAUUAGAUUUGGGCAAUACUUUGGUCUUGGGACAACCGGAGGGUUUUCUGACCAAAUGUUAUAUCUAGCAAGUGACCAUAAAUCGUUUAUAAGAUUUGCUAAAAAAUCUUACCUUCAGCAAGUAUUUUUGACAAAUGAGCUUUCCUAUUUGACUUGCUGGCAAGCUACCUUCUUGGAUCCACAGCUGCGUCUCGAAUAUGAAGGAUUUCCAGUUCCUGCAAACUCUAAAAUUAUUAUUACUCAUUGUCAUACUAAUCGGAGCUUAGCAGUUCCAAGGAACUUUUGGACAAGGUCUUAUUUUGGAAAAGAAUAUGAAGUAAUUUGUCACACUUACCUAGACUCCCAUAAAGCUGAAGAAGAUAAGAAUUACUGGGAAAUAGUUACAGGAAAUCCCAGCGAUGAGGAUGGUACAAUGAUUCAUAGACCAAACUCUCAACCCAGAAGGGAUCAGAAAGAAUGAGUUUCAUUAAGAGACAUAGAAUAUAAAAAUCCCAGACUACAGCCGACAGAGGUUGAUGAGAUUCUGAUUCUUGGUUUUUCUGUGCAAAUUUUAGUUUUAGAGAUACAUGUUUUAAAAAUGGAAAUGAAAGUCUACCAUUAGUAAUAUUGUAUAAUCUCAUUAACUCAUCAAGAGGGCAAAAUCUAAUAAAUUUUGAUGAACCAUGCACAACAUAAAAAAUCCAUAAAUCAGGAAAGGUUCAUUUUCCCAUUCACUGAUGGCAAAAGAUGUCAGAAUCCAGGAAAUCUAAUAUAUUUUCACUAAAUUACUGGCUUUCAGGGUAUAUUUAGCCAAUUCUUCCAAAACCAAACCAGUGUCACACUUUUUAAAAGGGUGAGUGUACAGUUUCCAAGACACUGAAAAUCAAACUCAUGCAAGCUAUCAUGGGAUACUUUGACAUUGAAAGUUCAUCUGAAAGAAAGUUGGUUGUUGAGUUUGUUCCACGCUCUGUCUAGCACAAUGUUGCCAAUUAUUAAAAAAUCACAAGUAAGGUCUCUUUAUCUUGAGAUUAGCUUCAGAUUUAUGGGAAUUAAUUUAAAAAGGUAUAAAUUGAGUUUUUUACAUUUGUCCAUGUAUUCUAAACAUUUAAAUGGCAAGUAACCAAGAACUUGAGCACAAUGAUACAGACUAGAGACUUCUAGCAGUCUUUUCCAUGCGUCACCAUGUUCCAUUUGCCUCCCACCCACAGAAUUUUUUGAUCCAUAAUAAUUUCUACCACAUUUGACAGCAAGGUAAAAUUGUCAAAGAAAAUUAAGCCCCCACAAGUUUCAUGAAAAUAAAUGCCAAAGCAGAAAAAGAGCAAGAGACACUGUAAGUUUAUGCAGUAAGAAAAAGAUUAUAGUCUGUGUUUAUACCUAAUUAGACACCAGAGAAUCCACACAAAAAAAACGGCCCAAGAAAGGUAAAAAUUUAGGCUGGAACUCACAUUUUCUUAAACAACAAAAUCAACCAAGUAUGAGGUGCAAAGACAUGGAAAACAGAUGCCAUUAAUUCAUAGAGUUACCUGUCUUCAUAUGGAAGGUGAAACAGCACCACAGAGAAUCUUCUUAUUGUAUGACAUUCCAUUAUAUCCACUUAGUAAAGCCACAUGUAUACAUAUUCCAUUUCUUACUGUACCACAAGAGUGGGCUCCUUCUGCACAAAGUAAGUGAAUUUCUGAGUAAAAUUCUACAUAAAUCUCCAUUCUCAAAAAGGAUUCCAAAGAUCAUCAAUGUUCAUAAAGGUCAAAUAAAAUGUUUUAAGUAUUACCAAAACAAAACCACUAAACUUUCACAAAAGAAGGGACUGAUCCAAACAUGGCUUCAAGCUCUAUUCCAGAUAGACUAUCUGUUUCAAACCCACUGGCAAGGCUUUAAAAGUUCUUGCCUUUACUCAAUAUAAAUUAAAUCUGCAGACUGCAGAAUUGGCUAACUAGCACUUGGCAUACAGGGCCUCAGAGCAGGAGGCAGAUUACAGUUCUGUGACAUGCAGGUUUGCUUUGGGGGAGUGUAUCACAGAGGAUGGUUUUUGAAUCACACUCCUCAUGUGCAAACCUUCACAGGUCUGUUAUAGAUGGGGUAUUAUAGAGGAAAUUAUCUUUAGGAACUUUUUCUUUCACUUUCUGUGUAAAGGUAUGAAACCCGACAUGUGGCAAAUGAUGCACGUUUUUAUAGAGGCACUGUUACUACUCCAGUUUACAGAGAUUAAAAUUCUGCACAUUUUCACAAUAGAUUGACAUAAUUCUGCUUUGAGUUUGUAGGUAUUAAACUAGAAAAACUUAGGCUGCGUGAGUGCACUGCAGUGUUUCUAAUUUGACCAUUGUGGACAUUUAUUGGUAUUAGGGAUGGCAAUUUCGAAUCUGGAAGUCUCUUUCCUCUGGGUUAAAUGUAAGAAACAAGAGGAGGCCUUAAACUGAAACCAUUGCUGAAACAAAGCUUUGUGUGAACUCAUGCAGGAAUAAGAACUGUGUGGGCAGAGUGCCUUGCCCGGCUAAUGUUAUGGAUAGGAGUUUUUGUAUGAGUGUGUGUGCGUUUGUGUGGAAGAGAAGCAACGCAGGCUGUACAAAAACAAGUUUUGUAAAGUCUUAGAAGAAAACCAAAGAGAUGAUAAACAUACAGAAAUGAGUACAGAAGUAGGUAAUGGAAUUAGGUGCUGAUUAAAAGUGGCUUGGAGACUCUUGAGUGUGUUUUGAUCAGUCUGUGCUCAUGGGAAAGGACUUCCUGAGCUGUUGGAAAAUAAACAGGAUUGAAUCAACAA